AUGCCAGAGGCAUGGAGAUUGAGCUACGUAGUUCCAAUUUAUAAGGAAAAAGGUAGCAAGUACGAGUGUAACAGUUACUGCGGAAUCAAGAUUUUAAGCUAUGAAGCUGUACGAGAGAACAUGGAAAAGGCAUUUGAUUGGGUUCCGAUGGACACGAUCAGGUGGAGGCUGCGUAAGAGAAACGUCCCCGAAUAUUAUAUUAACAUCAUUGCCGCCAUGUAUAGGGAUGCGAGAUCGAUGGUACGGAUAGUGAUGGGUGAGGCAAAACCUAUAGCGGUUACAGAAGGUGCAUCGAGGCUUAGUGCUAAGAAUCUUCCUGUUUUGUUUGGUUCUGGACUCGCUCAC